GUUAUGUUUUUCUGCAUCAGUCAACGUUCAGCGUUCAAAGCCGCAGUUUUUCCAUCAAUAAUUCAAGGAACACCAGAAAUACGAAAAAAUGACAGGACGCGGUAAAGGUGGAAAAGGUCUUGGCAAAGGAGGGGCCAAACGUCAUCGCAAAGUGUUGCGUGACAACAUCCAAGGAAUCACUAAGCCCGCCAUUCGUCGUUUAGCUCGUCGUGGAGGUGUGAAGCGUAUCUCCGGUCUGAUCUACGAAGAGACUCGUGGAGUGUUGAAGGUGUUCUUGGAAAACGUAAUUCGGGACGCCGUCACAUAUACCGAGCACGCCAAGAGGAAGACCGUCACAGCCAUGGACGUCGUUUACGCUCUGAAGCGCCAAGGCCGUACGCUUUAUGGUUUUGGAGGUUAAACUUUAGCGAUUCGCAUACACAAUUAAAAAGGCCCUUUUCAGGGCCACCAAUUCCAU